UGGCCAUGAAGAGUAAGGAUGAGACCAGUGACACAGACAGUGGGAUCAUAGUGCAGUCAGGACCAGACAGCCCUGUGUCUCCAAUGAAGGACCUGACCCAGGCUAUGAGGAAGCAGCAGAGAGUGCUGGAGGAGCGGCUGGAGGCUUGUGUGCAAGAACUGAAAAAGCUGUGUUUGCGUGAGGCGGAGCUGACAGGAAUGCUUCCCUCCGAGUAUCCUCUGAAAGCAGGAGAGAAGCCCCCGAAGGUCCGUCGUCGAAUUGGGGCUGCUUUCAAAUUGGAUGAGAAGGCUAUCCUCUCAAGAGGAGCGGAUCCAGUGAGCACACUGGAAAGAGAUCUGGCUCUGCAGCUGCAGAUUGCUGAGGCUGCACGGUGCCUCUCCCGGGAAGAGAAUCUCACCAAGCAAGUCCGGAAGCGCCGAAAAAGUGCUGUGUUGAAGGAAGAAAAAAAGCUGAAGGACUUAGAGCAAGCCCUCAACGAAUACCACCUGGCAGCCCGGCAUUUGACACCGCUAAGGGCCAGCGCCCCAGUUUUAGAAGGGUUUGGUGCCUCUGAUGAGAGUUCCCUGUCAGAUGUUGCCCUAGUAGAAGAAGGACCCCAGGUGCUGAACUCUCACCCUCCAUCAAAGCUGACGUCCUCAGCUCAUCUCCAACCUUUACAUGGUUCUUCAGCUCAGCCUUCUCCUGCUAGCUCGUCAGAAGGACAAAUCCACUACCAGCCCACAGAACUGGAAUGUGCACCCAUCCAGCACAGCCCCUGGAAGGAGACUAGUCUGGAUAAGCCUUACGAGAAGACCAAGAAACCUUCUGAGCCUAGCAGCGUACCAAGUAGUCCAGGCCUGAUACCCCAGCCAGCACCCAGCUCGAUGGCUCAGAGGAUAGCCGAGCCCCCUUUGUGCCACUUUGUUCCUGGAAGGAAGACAGAAGUCAGGAGACAGUCAGGUUCUAGUGCCCCACCUACACCAGAGUUCCUGGGAAGGAGAGGGCAAUCCCAGGCCAUAAGGAUGUGUUCAUCCCGGGAAGGUUUGGAAUCCCGCGGAAGAAGCGCACUGCCAAGGCGGCGUCCAACCUACUACACUGUCACUGUUCCUGAUUACUGCUUCUCGACACCCAAACCCAACCCAGCCAUCAAACCCACCUAUCACUCCGCUUCAGAAGACAGCAAUUCUGAUGUCUCCAGCAUCUCCUAUACAACAUCGGCUGGCAGCAGCAGCCCUGACAUCUCUUUCCUGAAGCCCAUACCCCCAGCACCCACGGAGGAUCCUUUGCAGCCAUUCCAGAGCCAGGUCUGCAAGGGACAUGAAGCAGAAUACCACUCUCAGUGUCCUCAGAAGCUGCUGUCGCUGCCAGGCUACUUCUCUGCCAUGGAGUAUGCAUCUGAGUGUCUUUUGCCUGCUGGGAGGGAGCCCUGCUACGGCCGGCCAUCCUUUCUCUCUGCCAGCUCUGCCCACUUUGCCUACAAGGAAGAAGCGGUGCCAUUGAGAUUCCACAGGUCAAUUGUUUCUCAAAGCAGGGUGGUGCGUACCCCUUCCCUGAAGGACUGCCUCCCUUGCCCUUCCACAGGCACUCGGGCAUUGUCCAAGUCAGCCGUGACAGAAGAGCUAAAAUCAUGGCAUGAACGGACCCGCCUACGCAAUGCACGGCCACAUUCACUGGACCGGCAAGGUGCUUUCCGCAUGCGCAGUGGGCCAGGUAGAGAGUUGCGCACUACGUGUUCCAUGGGACAGCAAACACAGGUUCCUCGUGUGCAUAUUCUGAAGCGCUCUCCCGAAGGAGCCCCUGUACAGGUCUACGUGCCGGAGAAUGGGGAAAUCAUUACUCAGGUCUAGAAAGUUACUUACUUCUCACAGAAUCAGGCAUCGUCAGCAGGCUGACUGUCUACUUGAAGGUGAGGAGG